GUUGGCCGCUUAUUGUGUAUGCACCGCCACCGCUGUCGGGACACACUUUGUGUAUAAUGCAACACGCACAGUUGCACCACACCAUGCACGGGUUACCCUUACGAUCCGCCGCUGUUGUCUUUUUAUCGAUCACCAUUGCCGUCGACAGUUGCAUCACCGUUGUCUACGCCGAGUCUAUAGGCGAUUCGGUACGCGAAGCACGAUGCAUUGCAAAGUGUCAUCACCAUCCGGCACCCCAACAGCCCAAAUGUUACAGUAGUUGUUUGAACGAGCCGUGGAUUAAGCCAGGCGGGUGUCCGGUCGCCGACCUUGAUGAUGUCUCUCUGGACCGUCCGUGUCUGGAGCAAUGCAGCGCCGACGACUUUUGCGAUGGCCAACGUAAGUGCUGCCUGCAUAGUUGUGGCAUAACGUGCCAAUCGCCGGUCGGACUCGAUCAUUAUCCUGGGCUACCAGAUAAACCAACGGUUGUAGCAGUAGAGGAUUAUGGCAAACCGUUAGUAGUCGAAUGGACGCCAGUGGAUUAUGACAGUAAUAGUCAUCACGUCACAUAUUUGCUACAAGAGAGGCAUCAUGCAGGUGUCAAGUACGUGCCCGAACGUAUGACUCCGUGGACGAUCGUGACGAGGACCGACAAGACUAGGGAACCCUUAAAAAGACUACAGACUGUUGGCCGGUGGUUUCAGUUUCGCGUAGCUGCCGUCAAUGAAAAUGGCACUCGCGGCUAUUCACAGCCUUGCGUACCGUUUUUUGUCGAUCCGGGAUCGCCGAUUGAGCCGCCCGGGCCUCCCGAGAACGUCAAGGUAUCUUCAUUGAAAUGGACGAAUGAUGACUAUCAACAGUGCGUGUUGUCUUGGUCACCCCCUGCCAAUUCAGCACUUCCCAUACGCAAGUACAAAGUGUAUAUUAGCGAACAAGACGGAUAUCAUCUUUAUCACAAACGACAUGUUUUACCAGCAGAUAUUCUGAGGUUUCACAUCAAAAAGCUGAACACAAAUUCCGAAUAUUUUCUCCAAGUGCAAGCCAUCAGCGAAUUCGGAAGAAAAAAGCUGGCCGGCCAAAAAGCUUCGGUGACAUUGAAAACUGAAGAAAAGAAAUUGUCAGUAAAAAUGAAUAAAAUAAACGGUCUGAAAGUUGUAAAUUAUUAUAACAGUACUAAAAAUGAUUUAUUCAAUGUAAAGAUAUCGUGGAGACCUGUUAGCAUGACUUCAAAAAAGUUGACUUACACCUUGACGUGCAUACCACAAAAUUGUAAAUUCGAUAGUAAGACAUUCAAUGCAACUACUAUUCAUCCAUUUUUCGACAUGUUCUCUUUGAACCGAAUGUGCAAAUAUCUGAUUAUUGUUUCAACGAAUUACGACGGAUCCAAACACAUGGCUUCUCUUACAUUUUCUGUACAACCAUAGUCAAGUUAUUGGAUUCGUAAACAUAACUUAAGGUCUAACAGUGUAUUGAAACACGUAAAUUGUCGAUGGUUUGUAUACUAAUAACAAUAACUUUAAAAUUCUAUUAUUUUUAAUAAAAAUGUGACUUUUUGAGAAUUUUUAUCGUUUAUAGGGUUACAAUUUUUUAUAUUAUAUUUCAAAAAAUUAUUAAAUUGAAAAUAAAAAAUUGUGCAUUGUCUUAUAUAUAAUUACUAAGAGGAUUCAACACUGUUUUGAAGUGACACAUUUAUUCAAUAUUGACAUAUUAUUAUUUAGUCGGUGAUGUUUAAAUUUUUAAGAAAUUAUAAUAAUUAGUUAUAUUGUAGAUUUAUUGAGUAAAUAGGUAGAUGAGUAGAUGUUAUACGAGAUCCAACGUGUUUGUUGUGUUGCCUAUUUCUAAAGCCUUUUAUACGAGUGAUAACUAUUAAUAAAUAUUUUAUUGUUUAUAUUUCCAAUUUAUAUUAAACACAUUAUAUUUUAACUUUUGAAAUUUCAAUUUUAAAACUAAAAAAUAUAAAGUAUAAUUGAGAUAAUUAGUGUGUAAAACAUCCAAAAAG